CCUGCAGGCGCCCCAGGCCCAGGGCCCCGUCGGCGGCGCCGCCGGCGUCCCGGAGCGUGGUGACAUGCCCGAGUUGGUGGUGACCGCGCUGCUGGCGCCGUCGCGCCUCUCGCUGAAACUGCUGCGCGCCUUCAUGUGGUGCCUCGUGUUCUCGGCGGCGCUCAUGACCGCGGCAGUCUGGUCGGGGCGGGCGAGCAAAGAGGGAAUGGUUGAAGCCAAACCCGGAUCAGCGCCGAGGCGCAGGGCUCAACCCUCGGGAGGGGGCGUUCCCCAGACUUUAGACCUUGCCGUCCUCCAGAGCUCCGGCCUGCGUUUGCACUAUGUCUCCGCUGGACAAGGGAACGGACCCCUCAUGCUGUUUCUGCACGGCUUCCCUGAGAACUGGUUUUCCUGGCGCUACCAGCUCCGGGAGUUCCAAAGCCGCUUCCACGUCGUGGCUGUGGACCUGCGUGGCUACGGCCCCUCGGAUGCACCUCGGGACGUGGACUGCUACACCAACGACCUGCUAAUGGCGGACAUCCAAGAUAUAAUCCAGGGCCUGGGUUACUCCAAAUGCAUCCUCGUGGCCCACGACUGGGGUGCUCUCCUUGCUUGGAAUUUCUCCAUCUACUACCCAGCCCUGGUGGAGCGGAUGGUCGUGGUCAGUGGUGCCCCCAUGUCAGUGUACCAAGACUACUCCCUGCGCCACAUCGGCCAGUUCUUUCGUUCAAACUACAUGUUCCUGUUCCAGCUUCCCUGGCUGCCUGAGAAGCUGCUGUCCAUGUCUGACUUCCAGAUCCUGAAGACCACCCUCACCCACCCCAAGAGGGGCAUCCCACGCCUGACCCCCAACGAGCUCGAGGCCUUCCUUUAUAACUUCUCACAGCCUGGUGGCCUCAUCGGGCCCCUCAACUACUACCGGAACCUCUUCAGGAACUUUCCCCUGGAGCCCCAGGAGCUGGCCACACCCACACUGCUGCUGUGGGGGGAGAAGGACCCCUUCUUCCAGCCGGGGCUGGUGGGGGCCACUGGCAGCCGCUUUGUGCCAGGCCGGUUGGAGGCCCACAUCCUACCAGGUGCGGGCCAUUGGAUCCCACAGAGCAACCCCCAGGAGAUGCAUCAGUAUAUGUGGGCCUUCUUGCAAGACCUGCUGGAUUAGUGGCCCUCGAUCACCAGCCUGUCCAGGCACAUGGACACUCAAGAAUGCACAGCCACCAUCUGCAUGUACCUGGGAGUCCAUACAACAUACGUACACAGGUGGACUCUGGGGUUGGCCGCAGGCAUGGCUCUCCUGGAUGGCACCCAAAUGCAUCUGUAGGUGCCCUGAGGAGCACCGACCCCUAUGCUCAUCCAUGGGUGUGUGCACAUGUGAGCAAACACUUUGACCCUGGCAACCGGUAUGCCUCUCCUCCAUGGAGCCAGAUGCUAGGACUGAGUAUCCUACCUCUCCCCUCCCUGGGGCCCCACUCUGCUCCUUGCCAAAGCCAGGCCCCCAUGGAUGCACAGAUCGCAAACUCUGAUUUUCUGUCCUUGACUUGCACCCCCACUCUCAGAAUUCAGCUAAAUGCUCCCGUGUUCAAUAUGGUACUGCUAGCCACAUUUGACUACUUAAAUGUAAGUUAAUCAAAAUGAAAUACAAUUAAAAUGCAGUGUCUCUGU